AUGAAGCUUCCAAUUGAAUUGGUGGAAGAGAUACUCUACCGUGUUCCACCUCUAUCUCUUCUCCGAUGCAAAACCGUUUGCAAACAGUGGAACACACUUUUAAACCACUUGUCUCUCGGUCGUCCUCAACUCCUUAUAUGGACUGGUCCCAAUAUUUAUUCUGUAGGCGUCAAUCUCAAAGAUGAUCCAAAGAUAGACAUAUGCGAGUUACCGGUAGAUAAUCCUUAUUUAAAGAAGAAUAACAAGCCUAUACCUUACAACUUCCUUCCUUGCGAUGGCUUAUUGUUUUGUGUCCCUCGUUGGGGGAUUAUCAAUAGAGUCCUUGUUUGGAACCCGUGGUUAAGACAGACUAGAUUGAUCGUGCCCCAAGAAAACUGUUUUACGUUUGGUGGUAUAGGGUAUGAUAGUGGUAGACCCGAAAAGGGUUACAAGGUCUUUGGAUAUCGUUUUCUUGAUCGAAAACUAAAUAACGGUAAAGUUCAAGUAUACCGAAGACUUGUCAUCUACAAGCUCGAAACCAAUGAGUGGAAGUAUAUUGAUGCAAUGAAUGAAGAUGAGACCUCCCAAAGUGGCAUUGGCAUCUCAUUUGAUAAGAAUGUAUCUUUGAAUGGAAAUUUGUAUUGGAUUGCUUAUAAUGUCAAGACUGGUGAGUAUCUCAUUCGAUGUUUCGAUUUUUCGAAGGAGGCGAUUAAACUGUUUUGCAUUCUACCGUGGAAGAGUGAUUCUUCUGAUAUACCAAUCCUCUCAGCUUAUAGGAGAGAUCGGUUUUCAGUGUUGAAACAAUUUAAUGAGAAAAACAAGAUCGAGAUAUGGGUAACAGAAAACAAGAUUAGCGCAGAAAAUGGAGCCAAUGUGGUGUGGAUGAAGUUCAUGACCGUUUCAGUACCUUUUGAUAAGUAUUUUUGUCCAAGUUACUUCGUUGAUAAUAAUACAUACGGAAAGAGCCUAGUUAUGUGUUGUAAGGAUGAAGAUCGACAUGAUUGCAUAUAUGUUGUGAAGGGCAAUACGACCACGAAGAUUCCAAUAGGUUUUGAGGUCUAUGAGAGAAUGGUGAACAUUAGGGGACAAAAGGGUCCAGAAUCUCCGAGGACGCCGGAGGUCGGAGAGAUAGACACAAGAGCCCCGUUUCAGUCGGUGAAAGCUGCGGUGAGCUUGUUUGGUGAAGUAGUCUCAAGGCAAAGAAGUACUCCAAGAAGGUCACGGCUCUCCUCCGAGAGCGUUUGCGACAAAGAAACACAGCUAAUGCUAGCACACAAGCAAUUCCUCAAGAUCAAACAAAAGCUGGACAACGCUGAGAUCACAAGAUCUCGUGCUCUCUCCGAUCUCUCAAACGCCAAGAAGACAAUGGAAGAGCUUAAAAACAAGCUAGAGGCUGUAAACAAGUCUAAACAAACCGCUAUUGAAACCAAAGAAACAGUCCAAAAGCGAGAAGAACAGCUUGAGCAUGACAAGUCACAUGGCUCUCCUCCUCACCACCACGAGCUUGACGUUGCAAGAGAACAGUAUCUCUCCACCACCAUUGAACUCGACGCUGCAAAGCAACAGCUAAACAAAAUAAGACAGAGCUUUGACUCGGCCAUGGACUUGAAAACCACGGCACUAAACCAAGCUGCCGAAGCGAAACGUGCGUUACAAGUAAACUCUGCUAAGGUCAACGAGCUUUCCAAAGAGAUUGGUGAUAUGAAAGACGCGAUUCAUCAGCUCAAGCUAGCAGCCACUCAGAAUCUUGAAGAGUAUGCUAAUAUCGUUAAGGAGAAAGAUGAUUUAAGAGAAUGUUACAAAACAGCUGUUGAGGAGGCAGAGAAGAAGCUACUAGUGUUGAGGAAAGAGUAUCAGCCUGAGAUGUCAAGGAAUCUUGAAGCUAAACUAAUAGAGACAACUUCAGAGAUUGAGAUUUUGAGAGAAGAGAUGAAGAAAGCUCAUGAGUCUGAGAUGAACACUGUUAAGAUCAUUACCAAUGAACUCAACGAAGCUACAAUGAAGCUUCAAGAAGCUGCUGAUGAGGAAGGCUCUUUAAGAAGCUUGGUGAAUUCUCUAAGGAUGGAGCUUGAAGAGAUGAGAAGAGAGCGCGAGGAUCUGCAGGAGAAGGAAGCAGAGAGGUUAGAGAUUGAGGAAAGGAAGAAAGUGGAAGCUCUCAAGGAAGAGAGCUUGAAACUUGAGGAGAUGAAGUCAGAAGCUUUGGGAGCAAGAAACGAAGCUGAAGAGAUGAAUAGAAAGAUAGAGAGUUUAAAGAAAGAAACUGAUUCUGCAAUGAUAGCUGCAGAGGAAGCUGAGAAGAGGUUAGAGAUUGUGAUAAAGGAAGUGGAAGAGGCUAAAGCAGCUGAAGAAAAGGUGAGAGAGGAGAUGAAGAUGAUAUCUCAGAAGCAAGAGAGCAAGAAACAAGACGAAUCAUCUAGUUCAAAGAUUAAAAUCACAGUGCAAGAGUUUGAGUCAUUGAAACGAGGAGCAGGGGAGACAGAGAGUGGAAUGGAGAAGAAGUUGGGAGAUAUAGCAGCUGAGCUUGAAGAGAUCAAUAAAAGAAAAGCAGAAGCAGAUAAUAAACUAGGAGCGAGUUUGAAGGCUAUAGAGGAGAUGAAGCAUGCAACAGACUUGGCUCAGAAGGCAGCAGACUCAGCAGAAGCAGCAAAGAGUGUGGUGGAAAGUACUCUGAGAAAUGCGGCUCUCUUCCACAGCCCAUACGAACGAGACUUUUCUGGUGGUGUCAGAAGCAGCAGCGAUGGAAAUCUCUCAUCUUAUAGAGAGAAAUUGAGCAGUGGUCUCGUCAAUAUCAAGAAAGAUGAUGCUGUUACUCUCUUUCAAUCUAUGAUUGAGUCUCGUCCUCGCCCUACCGUCGUAGAUUUCAGUAAAUUGUUUAGUGGUAUUGCUAAAACGAAACGGUAUGAUCUCGUGUUGGAUCUCUGUAAGCAGAUGGAGUCGAAUGGGAUUGCAUAUAACAUCUACACGCUGAGUAUAGUCAUCAACUGCUUCUGCCGGCUCCGGAAACUUGGUUUUGCUUUUUCUAUGAUGGGAAAGAUUUUGAAACUUGGGUAUGAGCCUGACAGAGUCACAUUCUCUACUUUGAUUAACGGUUUAUGUCUCAAGGGUCUAGUUUCCCAAGCUGUGGAGUUGGUUGAUCGUAUGGUGGAAAUGAAGGUUAUACCAGAUCUCAUCAUACUCAACACUAUUGUUAAUGGACUUUGUCUCCAAGAUAGACUCUCUGAAGCAAUGGCUUUGAUUGAUCGAAUGAUAGCUAAUGGAUGUCAACCUGAUCAUUUUACAUAUGGUCCCAUUUUGAACAGAAUGUGUAAGUCAGGUAACACUGCCUUGGCCUUGGAUCUGCUCAAAAAGAUGGAACAGAGAAAGGUCAAGCCUCAAGUAGCCACGUUCAACAUCAUCAUUGACAGUCUUUGUAAAGAUGGGAGCCUAGACGAUGCACUCAGCCUUUUCAAUGUAAUGGAAAUUAAAGGGAUCAAAGCAGAUGUCUUUACCUACACCUCUCUCAUAGGAGGCUUCUGUGGUUUUGGUAGAUGGAAUGAUGGGGCACAGUUGCUGAGAGAUAUGAUUAUAAGGGGAAUCACACCGGACCUCAUCACUUUCAAUGCGUUGAUUGAUAGUUUUGUGAAAGAGGGAAAGCUUACUGAGGCUAAAGAAUGGUUCGAUGAGAUGAUCAAAAGAGGCAUAGAUCCUGAUACCAUUACAUAUAAUACUUUAAUAUAUGGGCUGUGCAACGGAAACCGCUUAGAUGAGGCCAAUCAGGUGCUGGAUCUAAUGGUUAGCAAGGGUUGUGAUCCUUGUAUUGUGACGUUUAAUAUCCUUAUAAAUGGAUAUUGUAAGGCUAAACUGGUUGAUGAUGGUAUGAGAAUUUUCCGCAUAAUGUGUUUGAGUGGAGUGGUUGCUGAUACAGUCACUUAUAACACUCUCAUCCAAGGAUAUUGUCAGUCAGGAAACCUUACCGUCGCCAAGGAACUCUUCCAAGAGAUGGUCUCUCAAGGUGCUCAUCCUAAUAUUGUUACCUACAAAAUUUUGUUGGAUGGGUUGUGUGACAAUGGAGAAUUAGAAGAGGCGUUGGGAAUACUUGAUAAAAUGCACCGUUGUAAGACGGAACUAGAUAUUGGUAUAUAUAAUAUCAUCAUUCACGGGAUGUGCAAUGCAAAUAUGGUCGAUGAUGCUUGGAAUCUAUUCUGUAGCCUCCCUCUCAAAGGAGCGAAGCCCGAUGUUAAAACAUAUAAUAUAAUGAUUGGAGGGUUAUGUAAGAAAGGCUCAUUGUCUGAAGCGGGCAUGUUGUUUAGAAAGAUGGGAGAUGAUGGGGUUGUGUCAAAUAGUGGUUCAUACAACACAUUAAUCCGAGCACAUCUCCGAGAUGGCGACUUAAUCAAAUCAGCUGAACUCAUCGAAGAAAUGAAAAGGUGUGGCUUCUCAGCAGAUGCUUCCACUAUAAAGAUAGUUAUGGAUAUGCUAUCGGAUGGUAGAUUGCACAAAAGCUUUCUUGAUAUGCUUUCUUAAAUGCCUCAUCUAACCAUGAGACAUUGCCGAGACUGCUCCAGGAACUUCAGCAACACGAGGCUCUAUACAGUGUCCAUUACACACAACAACAGAGUUAAAGAUCUCAUCUCUCGACACCCC